GUUCCUGCCACACUGCCAGGCAUCGGUUGAGCAUUGCUACGCUUUCGCAUCCCCUCUUUGCUCUGGUCGCGUAGUUUCCCGCCGCCGUACUACUGACUGAUGCCUUGGAAUCGUGCAGUCAUGCGUUGAUUUACUCGUUGCGCGUCUAGCCGGCACACGGAGGCGCGAGGCCUUUAGGCUGGCGAAUUCGUCGUCGACGGCGACGACGGCGACGACGGGAACGACUGCUACGGGAUUGCGAGCGACGGGUGUUUGUUACGAAUACGAAUGCAGCAGUCUUAGCGCUCGCAGGUGGAGAGACAUGCUACUGGUUGUGGUGAUUUUUUUUUAUUCUCGCUGUCGAUGACUUCUGAGAUUUCUAAAAAAAUCACCCGCAGCGCGCCCAGCGCUCGCAGGAGGUGAUCCGUGCUGCUUUUUGGGGGUUCGCCGCAUUAGGACUUUUGACUUUUGAGCGGCCUCAAAAGUCACACGAGUACACGCAUGCACGCGUGCUGUAGGUAGCUGUGUAAAGAGCAUAGAAGCGGGCUACUGUAAUGGAGAGCUGUGAAAAGGAGGAGGGAGGCUUCGCAAGCGUGGACGCCACUACUUGCGCCUCUGGCGGCGGUUCUCGGGGGGGCGAUUCGAAGAAGUCGAGGAGCGAAUCCAGUGAGGGUAAGGGCCGCAAGGGGCAGAAGAAGAAGCAGAAGGCGCUGCUGAGAGACGCGCAAGAACGGCUUAGGAGGGUCGAGGCGUCUGGAGGAGGGACGCUGGUAGCCACAGGAUGGGGAGACGAUAGCAUAGGGGAGAGCCUUAGUGUGGUAACGGGGAAUUUUGGUGCUGUAACGGAGAGUACGAUAACGGGGAGAAAUCAAAUGGAAAUAAGGGCGCAGCCUACCGGUUGGGGUUGUCAGGCCGGUGAGUCUGCUAAUAGAGUGGAGUCCGGAGUGGUGGAGAUGGGUGCAGAAGUGUACAGGGAGCAGCCAAGCGGUCAGUUCCAGGGCUACGGUGCAACUAGGCAGUUCGGGCGGGAGGCACUUGGGGGAGGCAGGGGAGGGGGGAGGGGCAGGUGGGGGAGCGGUUGGGGGAGGGGACGGGGACGAGAUAGGGAAUAUGGGGAUCGAGGUGGUGGCUAUGGGGGGGGAGGAUAUGGAAGGGGAGGGGGAUAUGGGGAAGAAAGAGGAUAUAGGGGAGGAGGCGGGAGGUAUGGGGGAGGAGGAGGAGGGUAUGGGGAAGGGGGGGAGUAUGAGGGGGGAGGAGGAUACAGUGGGGAGAGUGGGGGUCAGCAUGGGUGGCAGGUGGAGGAAUACAGUAUGCAGUGGCAAGGGCAGGAGCAAAGCGGUUGGCCGGCGCAAUGGCAGGGGCGGGGGCAGACGCAAGGGCAGGGGCAAUGGCAGGGGCGGGGGCAUGGAGGGGAAGCGGGAGAAGGAAAGAGCUGGGGGGAAGGGCGUCACGUCGGAGGUGGGCGCGGAUGGGCUGGAGGGCAGCAGCAGCAGCCACAACAGGAGCAGUAUUGGCAAGGGCAGAGGCAAAGUCAAGACCAGGGGGGCGGGCAGGAGGGAGGGUGGGAAGGGCAGGGGGGAAGCGAGAGGCAACGGGGGGACCCGGGGGAGGGGCCAUGGGGGAGGGAGGGGCGGAUGCAGAUGGAGAGAGAGGGGCAGAGGCCGUGGUGGGGGAAUGAGGGGCGGAGGGGAGGGGGUGAGGAGGCAUGGGAGGGGCAGGGGGAGUGUGGAGGGGAGUGGCAGUGGCAGAAACAACAGACUGAUUCUUCCACGCCUCAUGCCGAACCCGGACCUCCUGGUUCGGAUCGUUCCGAACCUGCCGUGAGCGCUGCUCCGGCUGCCGCCAGCUGUCCUAGAGCUGCUGUUGCUUGUCCUCCCACGGCCACAGUGGAGGAAACAGCUGGGAAGGUUCCAGUGUACGAUGGAUGGGGGGAUAUAGUGGGAUGGAGGGAUGCUGAAGAGGGGACCCACGCACGCAGUGCGCCUGCUGGCGCUGCCGCUGCUGCUGCUGCUGCUGCUGCUGCUGCCGCUGCUGCUGCUGCUGCUGCUGGUGUCACACCUGCUACUGUCACACCUGCUACUGUCACACCUGCUACUGUCACACCUGCAACUGUCACUCCUGCUACUGUCACUCCUGCUACUGUCACUCCUGCUACUGUCACUCCUGCUCUUGACCUUGCUUACGCUGCUCCUGCUGCCACUCCUGCCGUUGUUGCUGCUGCCAUCACUGUUGCUGCUGGUGAUGGUGGUGGCAACAGCAGCAGCAUCAGCAGUGGUGGCAGUGCCGUGCGAGCAGGCAGGCGGGCGUGGCAGGUGUACAUACCGCCAGUGCAGAAGGACGCUGGGGAGACGGCUGAGAGGGAGAGGCAGAGAGAAAAGGAGGAGAGGGUGGCGGUUGGUGGGGACGAGAGGCAGGCCGAGGUGGUGCCGCCUCAGGGCGCCUGGAGUAAAGGGCCUCCCAGCAACUCUGCUGCUGCUGCUGCUGCUCCUGCUGCUGCUUUUACUGCUGCUUCUUCUGCUGCUGUUUUUACUCAUGCUUCUCCUGCUGCUGCUGGUACUGCUGCUUCUCCUGCUGCUGCUGGUACUGCUACUUCUCCUGCUGCUGCUGGUACUGCUGCUUCUCCUGCUGCUGCUGGUACUGCUGCUUCUCCUGCUGCUGCUGGUACUGCUGCUUCUCCUGCUGCUGCUGGUACUGCUGCUUCUCCUGCUGCUGCUGGUACUGCUGCUUCUCCUGCUGCUGCUGGUACUGCUGCUUCUCCUGCUGCUGCUGGUACUGCUGCUUCUCCUGCUGCUGCGGAUAUUGCUGCUGCAGCAGCUGCUGUUCCAACCUUCUCACCUUCCACUCCCAGCCCCCCUGUUCACUCCCCCAGCCAAUGGCCAUCUGCCACGUCACAGCCAGGCGGAAGAGGAGCAGGGGGGGGAUGGGGGAGGGGGAGAGGGAGGGGGAGGCGGGGGAGGGGAUGGGGGAGAGGAGGCAGGGGGGGUGAUUCAAGAGGCUUGGGAGAGAGUGAGGGUUGGAGAGGGAGUGAGGAGGGAAGUGUGGGUGGUGGUGUGAUGAGCGAGAGUGGUGAGGCGUGGGGAGCGACAAGGAGUGAUGCGGUUUGGAGGGGUGCAGAGGGGCAGUGCGGAUCCUUAUCCCCAUCGGCCUCAGCAGCAUGGUCAUCACCUCCUCACCGCCUUGCAGCAGCACCACCCCUCCCUGCCGCGCCACCACCCUACCUCCCCCCGUCCAUCACCCCCUACCUGCCCCACUUGCUCCUGCCGGCUGUGAAGCCCUCUAGGAAGGCACAGCGCACGGAGGAGUGGGUGCAAGAGAGCGCUGCUGCUGUCGGUGUUGACGAUGGUGAUGAUGGUCCUGAGACUGGUACCGGCGAGGGAGCUGGCGAAGCUAGUACUCACACUGCUGCUGCUGCUGCUGCUGCUGCUGCUGCUGUGGUGGCUGCUGAUGGCACUGCUGCUGCUGUAGGGAAAGAAGCAGUUGGGAGUGCAGAUAUACCGUCAACAGAUAGAGGAUCAGCAGAUAAGCCUCCAGCAGACAAGCUGGCAAAGGGCACAGCAAGAGCAGAUCCACGAGAUGCAGGUGCGUCAGCAGCAGGAGACAUGGAGGGGUGUUGCACAGGGGAAGGUGAAGAAACGACGGGAGAAAGGCAGGGGACACUGGGAGGUGCGUUGGAGGUACAGGUAGAUGGCAGGGGUGGGGGCAUCUCGAGUGCUCAGGCGAGCUGCAAGCGGGGAGAGUGGGAAGAGGGGGGGAGUGAGUGUGGAAGAAGAGGGAGUGAGUGUGGAGCAGCAGAAAGAGCGACAGGGGAGUGCAUGGCUGGUGCAGCAAGAGCAGUUGGAACAGCAAGCAGCGAGGCAGAAGGCAGUGCAGAGGAACCGGGCCAGUGUCCUGUUGAUGGUGCGAGUAGCAAUCCUGUGGAGGCUCACGAGGGCACAGAGGGGAGAAGCGAGGAAAGUGGUGGAGAGGCGACCUUUGAGUCGACUCAAAAGCUAUUCUGUGCAGGGAGAGAUGGAGAGGGGGGUGGGGUUGAGGCGGCCAAGGUUAGUGGGGAGCAAGGGGAGCAUGCGAGAGAGGGCAGGCGGGGUGUUGAUGGGGGGAGCGAGGCAGGAGCCGGCAGCAGCAGCGCGUGCUAUGAGCUUCGGCCCACUGCCUGCUCCUACUCGGGUGGCAGGGAGGAGGUGAGAGAGGGAGGUGGAGAUGAGGGUGGGGUAGCAAAGGAAUGCGGCUUGGAAGUAGGGGAGGACGGAGAGGAGGACGGAGGGGAGGAGAAAAAGGAGGACGGAGGGGGGGUGGGAGGGGAGGAGGAAGCAGAGAAGCGAAGGGAGGCGGGAGGGGAGUUGGGAGGAGAGGAGGGAGGGGAGGAGGGAGGGGAGGAGGCGGCAGGCAGCAGCGCAUGCAGUGAGCUUCUAUCCAAUGCCUACUCGUACUCGGAUGGCGGGGAGGGCUUUGAGUCAGACGUGGACAGUGAGGAGGAGAUGGAGUCGCUCUUCCUCGACAGCACUCUGGGAGACGACUGGCCGCUCUACGGCGUGGGGAUGGGGGGCAUGGCGGCCCACGCGGCAACAGGAGGAGGAGGAGGGACGUCUGCUCAGCUAUCGGAGCCCGUUCGCCGCUUCCUUCGAGACUUUGACACACUCUCACCAUCCGCCGUCCGCGGCGGUAACCAGCACAGCAACCGGCACAGCCAGCGGCAGUUCAAGUGCCCCGUGUGCGCUGGGGCGGGCGGCAAGGGGGAAGCAGACUGGUGGAGCGGCGUGAGGGCGCUGCUGCAGCACGCACUGACCAUCCGAAGCAGGCGGAUGAAGGAGCACCGCGCGUUCGCUGCUGCUCUGGGGGAGAGCAUGAGGGACAGGGGCGCAGGGGUGAUGAUGUUCGGGGGGACGGUUGGGGGGAGUGGUGGGCAACAGAGGGGUGUGGGGCAGAAGAGAGACGCUAGGAGAGGGGGAAGAGGGGGAGCACCACCGGCAGGAGCAGCAGCAUCGCCACCAGCGCCAGCUGCAGCAGCAGCGUGCGUUGCGCCAUCUGUGCUCGUGGGGAGUCCCUUAGCGAACCAGUGGCGGGGCGUGGGGGGGUUGAGGGGGAAGGGCGGGAACAGGGGCAACGAGCGGGUGGUGUGGCCGCCUGUGGUGGUGGUGCGCAACACGCACCUGUGCCAGGACGAGGACGGGCAGUGGGUGGGCAUGGGCAGCUACGAGCUGCGCCAGCACUUCCCAGAGUGCGACCGGAUCAUCAAGGCCAAGAACGCGUACGGGCCGCAGGGCCAUCGCGGCUUCAGUGUUCUGGUGUUUGAGACGUCCGUCGAUGGCCUAUUGCAAGCAGAGCAGCUGUGCGAACUCUUUCAAGCGGACGGCAGGGGGCGGCAGGGCUGGUUCCGGCGGGUGGCAGCGUCACUAGUGGACAAAAGCGGCAAGCGAAACCUGUUUGCCUACAUGGCGCAGGAGGGUGACGUGGCGGAGUUCAAUAGGCACUGCAAAGGCAAGACUCAGUUACGGGUGGAGGUGAAGAAGCGGUACGCGGUGGUGGACGAGCGGCUGAGAGCGGUGAGGGAGAGGGCUGCUCAGACACCCAACCUGGAGGCCACUGUUGCCAUGAUGUCUCAUCGAAUCGUGGCGGGACAAGUGGCGGCUUCUCAGCUCAAGGAGGAGCUGGAGCAAGCCAAGGAAAGCAACAGGAAGCUUCUGACAAUGGUGGGGGGCGCAUGGGGCAAGUCAUGGGGGACUAACGACCAGCAGUGGCCGGCUCUUGUGAAGCCAAUUGGUGUCGAGGCAGUUGGAGACCGGGUAUUGCGGGACGCAUGGGGCGAGCAAGUGACUAUGGAGGACCAAGGGAGCGAUAAGGAGCAGCAACGCUUUAAGGAGUGGCCACGGAAGGAGGAGGAGAAAGUGCCCCCAAGACACGAGCUGGGAGUGCAGGCGUGUCUGGUGGAGGUGGCAUCUGGGGUGGGGGCGAGUGAGCAGGAGAUGAUCACACUGUGGCAGUCGGCAGUAGAGGCGGAGCAGAAGCACUGGAGUGAGCUGGAUUGCCUGGAGGCAUCAUAUGAUGCGCAGCAGCAGCAGGUGGAGGGGCGUCUGCAGGCGCUUGCAGGGAGGGAGGCGGAGUGGAGGAGGGCGUGGAGAGGGGCGUGCGAGCAGCAGAUCAUAGCAUUGGCUGCCGCUGCUUCCACCGCCGCUGUGCCUGCUGCUAGUGCUGCCUCUGCUUCUGCUGCUACUGCCGCUGCUGCUGCUGCUGCUCCUGCCGCUGCUGCUGCUGCUGCUGCUGCUGCUCCUGCCGCUGCUGCUGCUGCUCCUGCCGCUGCCACUGCACAUGUAGAUGCCGCAUCAUCAGCCAUUGCUGGCGAGAGUGGAGGAAGCGAGGGGGAGGAGGGAGGAGAGGGGAGUGAGAGAGCAGAGGGAGAGAGCGCUGCAGGUCGUACAAGUGAGGGGGGGACUGCUGCAAGUAUCUGGGGCGCCAUCAAGGGCAUCAAGGGAAGCUGCCAGGAAGCAGUGGAGUACAGGAGGAGUCUGCAGAGGCUGCAGCAGGAGCACCAGAGGGUCAAGGCGGAUGCCCUCAGGCGCCACAGGGAGGAAGCUCUGGCUCUUGACCGAGCCUUCGAGGACCGGUGGGCCCGGCUGCUGGCUCUGCAGGAGGCUCGGAUGGGCGUGUCCGAAGCUGAGGCUGGGCAUGACGACGAGGGGUGGCUUGAGGUUCGGGAAGAGGAAAGGAGGGUUAGCGUGAAGGGGGAUGGGUCUGCGGCUGGUGCGGGGAGUGUUGGGCAGUGUGUGGAGAAGUGGGAGGAGCUGGAUGCACAUGCAGAGCUUGAAGGGUCAUGCUAAGGGCCAGCUCCUACCUGCAACCCGUUAUCAGAAUGACCUCUCGUCAGUCUCAUGUUGCAGCUUGCUAAACCGCAUUGAACCGACCCGCAUCCGAUUUGUACUGUACAGCACCCCGAGCCCUAGAAAAGAGGCUUAGCUGAUAGGAUGUCUCGUGCCAAAACAAUGGGCGUGAGGAUGAGGAAAGUCGGUUGAAGGGGAUUCCGGAACUGUGUUCCUUGGCCGACGUGUGUGUCAAAAUUUCUGUACAUUAGUAACAUGACGCCAUAGAUUUUAUGUGUAGGCAUGCAUGCGUGCAUAUAGACAACCCAUGAUGGGUAGGUGUUGUUGUAAAUCUGGAUUUUAUAGAAACUUAUAUCUGCUCUGUACUCUGAAUAUAGUGAAUGCGGAACG